AUGGACCUCCCACCUCUUCUUUCACCCACGAUCCCCCGUUUACCACCCAAUCGAACCCACCAACGCAAUGCCUCACGAUCGCCAACACGAGAACGAUUCACAGACGACAUCCUCGCGGAUCUCUCGCCCACAACUACGCUCGAAGCUUUUACCCAACCGUCUGGUAAAUUGAAAGCCAGCAUCGAAGCUGCGACCGCAUCGGAGCGGGCGUUUGGGAUCAGAGCUACUCUCGCCUCGAAGAAGAUACAGGAAUGGCUACAUGAGUUGCUGAGUUGGCCCUGGCCAAGGGAUGGAGGUUCACAGGGUUUCGAGAUGCCGAACAGGAAGCGGUUAAUGGCUACAGAGCGUGGAUACUUCGAUGACUUUCGUCUAGGUCGUUAUGAAAGACAUGGCAGCAGGGAACUGGACGACGAGGAAUACAUGGGAAGCCUUCUCGCGGAAGUGGUUGAUAAAUAUUAUGUGCGGAUAGAGGAGAUCACUGAAGAUAUGGAGGAUCUUGAUGUCGAAGCCAUCAAACGACAGGUUUUGGCAACCCACAUUUCUUCCAAGUCUCGCCCGUCCUCGUCGUCGUCGAAUAUCUCGGUGCUCAGCUCACUGCCAUCGUACACCAGAAUGGACGACUUUACAGCGAUCAUUACUGCAACGGUUAUUUAUGCUCUACCGAAUCUAUCCAGGUUGCUGCGUUUGAUGGACAUUUGGAAAAUACGGUUGAUUGUUUUGCAAAGAGUACCGCCCUUACUAUCAUCACUCGAAGAAGUUGAGGCUGCUCUGAAGUCUGGAUGGGAUGUGCUUGGAAAGAGUGUGUACGAUCAUGGUCAGGAGGCAGCUCCUGGCGAGUUUCUCUUAUCGCGAAAUACUUUUGGAUUGAUGCAAAACGUACUCCAGGAUAAGGUCACUCGGCUUGGUCGCGAUAUUGAUUUUAUGCUUGACACUUUGGAAGGUCGGGAAGAUACCCUACCCGAAAUCUGGCUUGAUCGAAUGGAGGCUAUUGAGCAUGAUUAUGCUGAGUGGGUUGUUUCGUGUGAGCAGAAGCUCCGGCAAGGGGAGUGGGAGAGUCAGUCAAGGGCCAGAAGAAUCGCAGAAGAUUCGAUGCAACUAGAGGCUGCUCGGACGACUGAGGCAAUACAUUUGAAGGCAAAGGAAGACGCUCCAGACCUCAAGGGCUGGUCAGAGGAACAGGACUCGAUCGACGAAGAACCUCUUCCCAUCGAAGAGGCCAUUGAGCAAAGAACCUCAGACCCACAACAGCCACCCAACGAAAGGUGUCAGGACCACGAGGCUGCAUCGGAAAUUCGUGGUCCAAUUGAAGCAAUUGCACCAACUGUCUCGCCUCAGCGGGAAAUGUACGUCGCUGAAUCUCCAAAGUUACACGAUCAUCUCUCCACGGAUACCCACUCCACUGGGGAUGAGGAGAUUGCUCAGACUACAAGUGGAAUCUCAGAGCAAGAUCAUUCUUUGUCUCCAAGCAGCCCAUCGACAAGCCGUGGUAACCGUCCAGAAUUCGACAUGCUCCAAACAGAUGAAUCUACAAGGAGCACGACAUCCUCGGAAAGUGGCUGGGCCAUACCUUCAGGUCCAAGUCCAGAACUACUAGUGGACGAUGGUAGAGUUGUGGAAUUUUCAGAUCACGCAGACGUUUCCGCCAUAUCACCGUCUGAACAUGAACUCCAUCAUAUUUUACCGGAUUUGUCGCAACCUUCAAAGGUUUCAGCGAGUGGGACAGAGCCUGGGUCUGAAGUACUCAUGUCAAACCCAUCGUUCAAUAAAUUCAACGUCAGCCCCGCAACGAAAGCCACUGAUUUGAUAGCGCACAGUGACAAGAUUAAUACUUCGCCAACACAAUUCGCAGCAGAAGCGUCCUUGACUUGGGACGACGAAGCUUCCAAACAGCGACAUGGACUGACAGGGGAUCACCCUAGCCCUCCACCUUUUGUCCCCGUGAGCGCCCUGGUUAACAGUGUAUCGUCUGCAGAUAGUGAUAUGGCAAUUGAAACACUCUACCUCAAUCAAGGCAACCGGUCACCUGGAGGUGAUGCUGAGAUAGUCGCACCAAACGCGGCUACUUUGUCCAAAUCAGCCAGCGUUGAUGGGCUGACCAGCAACACUUCCAGUUCUGCUUCUAGUCAAACAUCUGUCUCAAAUGGCGGCGCCUCUCGACGUCAUAGUAGAAACAUAUCUAUUGUCAAUUUCUCUUCUUUCGCCGUCGGUCAUGUGGAAGAACAACCAUUCAAUCAACUCUCGCCAACGGUUCCACAUUUAGCAAAAUUCGACAAGCUUGAAGACGGUGAUAAACUGUUCGCGCAGCCACUAGAAUCCGUCCAGCCUGUUGGCGAGUCAAUAGUACCAGAACGAGCACCAGAAGCCGAUGACAAGUCAACAGUGCCAGAGGCUCCAGUUCCCUCGCAGCCCAACUGCUCAGUCGAUGAAACAGAUUCUUCAUUGCAGAAAGCUGUCCUGAAUGAGCUCUCACAACCGGACGAAGUCACUGAUCUGGCAAAUGAUUUCCGUGCGGCCACUCAAAAACACGAAAUUCCCCAACUCGUAAAGCAGAUCGUGUUGAAUUCCGAAGAGGAGAAUCUCCUCAAAGCAAAAGUGACAGUCGAUGGCAAUGCACUUGACGAGUCAAGCAUUUCUUCCCUCCCAGCCGUCGAUACAACCCGCAGGGCUAGUGCAUCAUCUGAUACGUCUCCCUCUGCUAUUCGUUGGGGUGACGGCUCAAGCUCUCCGAUUACAACGAGUCCAGUUCUAGGGGGUAAUACAAAAACAGAUGAACAAAUUCCUACCCGCCACCACAUCGAUUCAAUCAUACUACGCUCUCCUGAAAACAGUCCCCCGAACUCACCACUCUCCAACACCACAAUAUCCGUCCCAGCAUCCGCCCCUAACUCACUGAACUUCCCGACAAGUCCAACUUUCUCGAUUUCAGAUGCAUCGACUGUGUCCGUGGAUACCCCUGUUUUUGGUGAUGUCAAUGUUGUGGCUGCUCCACUUUCGAGCCCAAAGAAAGGUACCGAAGACCAACUCCAACAGCAAAUCUCAUCGCUACUGGAAUCCAUACCUGCACAAAUUCAUCUCAGCUCAGGGCCGACUAGCAAUUUGAGCAACACUGUCAAAUCAAAAAAGACGAGAAAGUCUGUCACUCCAGCGUUCCGACCACAUUCGAGUCUAAGUAACCGAGCACAAACCCCAUCUUUCCUUCUUGCACCUGCAUAUAGCAAGACUGUUCCUCGACCGAAAUCACAAUAUGCUCAUCCAGAAAUUAAGAUCUACCAUCUGUCACGGUCGACUGGAGAGGCACCUAUCAAGCUAUUUGUACGACUCGUUGGUGAGAAUGGCGAGCGUGUUAUGGUACGCGUUGGUGGGGGCUGGGCGGACUUGGGGGAAUAUCUGAAGGAGUACGCCAGUCAUCACGGCCGUCGCAGUACAGUGGAGGAAAAAAUCGAAAUUCAGGAUUUGCCGCCCCGGGUCGUGUCGAGCUCUUCCACAUUGUCUGCCGCCACAGUCACGGCUAUUGACAAUGGAAGGUACAGCCCUGUUCCAAGCUUCCGACCUUCGUCGGCCUUCGAUCGACCUAUGUCUAGCUUGGAUGUGAGGAAGAAUCGGAAAUCGCUGGGAGAGUCCACAUCGAUUGCUGGCCGUGAUCAUCGUAGUCCAAGCACGCCUCUUUCAGCAUUUAAUCGCAGAUCACUGGGAGAAAAUAUACCCGCUUCAAGUGCUGGCCCUAGCAGAAGCAGCUCUCGACUUAGCUGGACUGACGAUGACGUUUCACUGGGCCUUGCUGGUCCCAAGGGGAAGCAGAUUAAUAUGACCGAAAAAGAUCAAGAGUGGGUUGAAAAUAUGAAAGAAAAGGUCAAACUCGCGAGUGCAGAGAAGAAUCGUGAAAAGGAAAAGGAACGACGAUUAAAAGAUCGAGGCGCAAGCUUCGGCGAGAUGGAAAAGGUUGGAUCAACAAAGAGAUUGUUCCGAAAGGCUUGA